AUGGCGGCUGAACUCGCCGCUUAUCCCUUCACUGUGCAAGAUGCACAAACUCCUUCUCAUACCUUCUACAUACAUCCAAACGAAAGCCCCUCCACCGUUCUUGUUUCGCCAUCGCUAUCGGAGGGGAACUAUCACAAUUGGGCGAGAGCUAUGAAGAUGAGUCUUCUCACCAAGAACAAGCUAGGGUUCGUGGAUGGGUCGAUUGCAGAACCGCCUCAAGAUCAUCCUGUUUCUCCCUUCUGGCAACGUUGCAACAUGCUUGUUCUUAGCUGGCUAAUCAAGUCCAUGAGCGUUGAGAUCGCUCAGUCAAUUUUGUGGCGUGAUAAAGCUAUCGACGUCUGGAAAGAACUUAGUGAAAGAUUUUCUCAAGCAGACUUGUUCAGAAUCUCAGAGCUUCAGGAGGAAAUCUUCAGUUUGAAACAAGGUGAUAAUUCUGUCUCAAAAUUCUAUACGAGUAUGAAGAUUCUUUGGGAUGAAUUAGAUGUUCUUAAUCCACUGCCUGUAUGUACUUGCAAUCCUCGAUGUUCUUGUGGAGCAAUCAAGAACAUUGAGGAUGAAAGAAACAAAAAUCAAGUAGUAAGAUUUCUUAGAGGUCUGAAUGAUCAGUAUUCAGGAGUUAGAUCACAGUUGAUGCUGUUAGAUACCCUUCCUAAUGUCAAUCGAGUAUUUGCUCUUAUUGCUCAGCAAGAAAGACAAUUUGCUGCUGAGAAUGUUUCUGGGUCAAGAGCAUUAAUGGCUUCAAGAGAGAAUUCUAAUGAUAAUAGAGGUUCUAGUUCAGAUCACAGUAGAAAUUAUCAUUCCAAUUCUGGAAAUUCUGGAGGUUGUUCUUCUUCUAGUUCAGGGAACAAUAGAUACACCACCAAGAAGUGCUCAUAUUGUGGGAAGAUGGGACAUACCAUAGAGGAUUGCUACAAGAAACAUGGUUUUCCUCCUGGAUUCAAGUUCAAGAAUCCAAAGUAUGCUGGCAAGUCAGCCAAUUUAGCUCACACUACUGAUGAGGAUCAGGAAUCUACCAGCCAAGAGAAUGCUUCAGGGCAAGAAGCAACUCGUUUUGGUUUCACUGCUGAUCAGUACCAUCAUCUACUUGCAUUACUUCCAGCACCAGAGACAAAGAGUUCAACAUCUCAGCAUGGAGCUAGUGUAAAUUCUUGUGCUCAAGUGCUUCCUACAAAGAAUGGAUAUCAGUGCUUGGAGGAUGAUUGGCACAGUUAGGGCAGUCAAGGGUCUCUACAUCUUCAACAGGAACUCAGUUACAGCUAGUAAUUCUGUCCCAGCCUCUGUAAAUUCAUCCUCUACUCAAAGUCUAGUUAGUAGUUUUGAGUCAAAUGCACACAAUUUGUGGCAUUAUAGGUUAGGUCAUCCCUCACUUGU